AAAUUUUUAUAGAUGCAGAGGCGGUGGGUAAUGACUUGCUAGAUUGGUGUCCCUAUUGGCAUCAGGGUUUGGAGCAGAUGUCCGAUCGUUUUAGAAUCUUUCGUAGGGGUAUACUAUUGUUUUAGGGAAGGUGUGCGAUGGGGGAUGGGUUUGUAGGAGGAUGGUACCCUCACAAACUUUAACCACCUCUUCGGUUUGCGUCUGAAGCCUUUUCGUGACUACAGUACUUAUCUGCCUGUGACGUACACGUUUCUUGAGGAUGUUUCGAAUGUGUUGUCGAAAUUAUUCGUAACCUAACAGAUGGAAAAUAGUUUUAGUUUCAGACCGUGAUUGGCAUUUAUCACAUUGGCGAUAAGUGGACAGCUGGAUGUCUUGUCUACCGACUUGCAAACCCCCCUUUUCUGUGCUGCACUGGUUUCGUCUGGCUCGCCCUCAGCUGCUGCGUGUCCUGGGAUGACCUGUUGAUACCCUGUGGUGGUGUGCGUAGCGCACGAUGGCCCAGACCCUUCAGAUGGCGAUCCCCAACUUUGGCAACAACGUCCUGGAGUGUCUGAAUGAGCAGCGCCUCCAAGGGCUCUACUGCGAUGUCUCAGUAGUUGUCAAGGGACAUGCCUUCAAGGCUCAUCGUGCUGUGCUGGCAGCAAGCAGCUCUUACUUCCGGGACCUGUUUUGCGCUGGAGGAGGCAGCGCCUCCAAGACCCCCACAGUAGUGGAACUCCCCCCGGCUGUUCAGCCCCAGAGCUUCCAGCAGAUCCUGGCCUUUUGCUACACUGGCCGCCUCAGCAUGACGGUCGGGGACCAGUUUCUGCUCAUGUACACUGCAGGCUUCCUGCAGAUCCAGCAGAUCAUGGAGAAGGGCACAGAGUUCUUCCUCAAGGUCUCCUCGCCCAGUUGUGACUCACAGGGUUUGCACCCAGAAGAGGCUCCGCCCUCCGAACCCCAGAGCCCUGUCACUCAAACUGUCGCCACUGGCACUAGCGGUCGUCCUGCUUCCUGCCUUACGCCCCUCCCCCUGGUGUCACGGGUGAAGACGGAGCAGCAGGGCAACCAGUCAGAAGCAUCGCCCUACUCAGUGGUGUGCACACCUGUGGCCAAGCGCUUGUGGGAGGGGGGCAGCAGCCGAGACGGGGGCGGGGGUGGCUCUGGGGGUGGGGGAGGCGGGUCCAGGAAGGCAGCACGCUUUUCCCAGGAGUCUGUACGUGGGAGUGCUAUUCAAAGCUCGGGGGUGCUGGCUCUGGCAAUGGGGAUGGGCGCCAGUGGAGCAGGGCUAGGAUCAGGGUCUGGGGGUCAUGGCAGUGCGACCAAUGGGAGCGUGGUCUCCAUGGGUAACGUUGCAUCAGAGGGCGCCAGCCCGGGUACUAUGAGUGCCUACACCAGUGACUCUCCCAUCAGUUAUCAUGACGAGGAGGAAGAGGAGGAGGUGACGGAGGAGCAAACAGAGGAGCAGUACAGGCAGAUCUGUAACAUGUACACCAUGUACAGCAUGCUCAACGUGGGCGCUGCAGCUGGUGAGCGUGUGGAGGCCCUGCCAGACCACUCUGAGACGCGGGGUCGUAUGCGGGGUCGCCAGGACCUGUCGUCCCUUCCCGCUGAGCUCAUCACACAGAUAGGCAAUCGUUGCCACCCCAAACUGUACGAGGAAGGAGACCCCGCAGAGAAACUAGAGCUUGUCUCAGGUACGUGUGUGUUCAUAUCUCGAGCCCAGCUGAUGAAUUGUCACGUCAGCGCAGGAACCAGACACAAGGUGCUGCUCAGAAGGUUGCUGGCUGCCUUCUUCGACAGGAACACCCUUGCUAACAGCUGUGGAACAGGAAUCCGGUCCUCCACGAAUGACCCCAGCCGCAAGCCCUUAGACAACAGAGUGUUGCACGCGGUCAAAUUUUACUGCCAGAACUUUGCCACAAGCUUCAAGGAGAGCGAGAUGAACGCCAUUGCGGCGGACAUGUGCACGAACGCUCGCCGCGUUGUCCGCAAGAGCUGGAUCCCCAAACUGAAGCUGCUCAUGGCUGAGGGCGACGCUUAUUCCGCCUUCCUCCCUGAUGCUGUCAAGAUGGAGGCAGACGGCCUGGGGGCAGAACCAGGCUUUGACCCCGCCUCCUUGGAGAGCACAGUUGGUGCAGAGACUGGUGGUUCAUCUGGCGAAUCACUGCAGGGGGUGGGCGGCGAUGCUGGCACUUUGUUUUAGAUGGGAGUACAGAGUGUAUAAGACAACUAUGAUGAGUUCAUAUAUUCCCCCUCUCUGUCCUUUCUCCUUCCCCCGAUCCCUUGGGUGGUUUAGAUCCCCCCCCCCCGAUCCCUUGGGUGGUUUAGCCCAUCCCCCUUGACCUUUUGAUCCCCAUCAUGGGUAUCCAGGGUUGUAAAAGGAUGUAAAAGAGAAGGUAUUGCUUUGAUUUUUAAAGCGAGAGUCCAAGUAAUGGAAACUUCCAAGUUCCAAGACGGUGUUUCUGUGUACAGGGGUGGAGAAAGGGUGAAGGGCUUGUGGGGAUGGUUGAGCGUUUCCCAAUUCCCCUGGUUUUCUGAGUUUCAAACCAAAUGAGAGAACGGUCAAGAGGGUGAGAUAAAAAGAUCCCCCUCAAUCCCUCUUCGCCGCCACUCUGGUCCUCUGACCCAACACCUUUCUGUGAUCAGAACCAAAUGAUCUUGCCCUCUGUUUUAAUGUACUAUCUUUUCCUCUUUUAUCUUUUGUGAUCUCAGCUUGUUUCUUUGUAUGUACCAUGCUAUGGAUCCAGAGAUGGGGACAACAGGUUGGAAGAUGACUGUGAAGAAAUUCAAGGGGAACAGAAAAAUACGUUGAUAUUUUUUUGGAUUAUGUAUUUAUACACACUUACGCACACCCCAACCGUGGGUGUAUACAGAGAGAAAGAGAGGGAUUGUUUUAAAAUCUCUGUUGUUUUAUUGUAUUUUGAACAGCUGUUUUUGCUAAGAAAGUCCUGCUAAGAAAAAAAGAUAUAAAAGCAGAUAAGGAAAUGUGCUAUUUUUGCAUAAAGAUGGUAUUGAUCAAGUGGUCAGAAAAGUCUUAUAGUCGGACCUUUGAGGUUUUUGUUUUGACAAACAACUGAACUGACAAAACAACUAUCUGAUUUUAAGAUGAGAACUGGGCACUUUCUACCCACCGCAAGCCCAUAUAGCUUAUUGUCUUCUUUUCUCUAUGAAAAUUGUCAAGAAGCCAACCUAUGUGGCUGGACUGUUGACUACUAUGACUAUGUUAUAAUUUGCUAGUGAGCUAGCCACGUUUUUAAGCUAGCUUAAUUGCUUACUCAAAAAAUCACUGCUAAUUGUAAAAAUGCACAGCUUGAAUGGACUGGCUGAUUUUAGCAGCUAUCAUGUUAGCUAGCAAGGCCCUCUUUCUGUGUUGGUUACUGAAGUGCUCUAAAGCAAACUACUGAAAUCCUUACCCAUUAUUAUGUGCUAAUACAACAAAUGGAAAACAUUUGGAAUAAUGGAAUGUGCCUUUUUAAUUGACAUGGAUAUGCAGGGGUGGGUCCUGCUUUGGUUGAUGUGUGGAUAGCACGUUUUGAAGGAAAAGGUAGGACACGUGAAAAGGUGCUAGGUCUUGUUCUGCUGGAGACAGAGGUGGAACUUACACACGUUUCCCAGAGAGAGAUCAGGGUUGGGGGGAAUUGGCAUUCCAGGACAAUGUUUUUGUAUUCUUCAGCUUAUUUUUUAGUAGCGGAGUAUGAUUUUGAUUGUGAAUGAAUAGCUUAUGUUCCUGUGCGGUUGAUGUGUAUGAGUGAAGGUGUGUGCACUUUAGGUGUGAGUGUGCUUUAGGUGUGUGUGUGUGUGUGUGUUCAUUUGUGCGAGUGAGUGCACUUUAGGUGUGUGUGUGUGUGUGUGUAGGUGUGUUGUGUUGUAUGAGCAUAAAUGUGCUUUAGGCAGGUGAGUAUGUUGUCCUCCUGGUCGUUUUUUUGGGUUGUUUAGUACUCCCAACUAAGGUACACUUGUCUAUGUAGACUGUGACCUACACCCAUAGAGAUGGUUAGAGGAUGCAUUCUAGCAUGGACGUCACCAUUGAAGACAUCUGCCAUUUUAUUGUAGUCAGAAAGAUGGCACUUCAAACAGCUAAUAUCUACGGAGGACCAAGCUAGUUAUUGGCUGAUUCAUACUGAUUACCUAGUUGGUUAUCUUAAUAUCAACUUCAGCCAAUGAAUUACACUGAAAUUUACUACUUUAACAUAGAGAUCUCAAAGGUGUUGCCCUUGCUACACCAUACUCUGUAAUGACACAGAUAAACAGAGGUAAGACAUGGAAACACAGAGGAGAAUUCUUUCCAUCUCUGUGCCUAAACCUUUCACAUGCCUUUGGGAUUCAAAAUAUCUUGUUCACCAUUGUCUGAGAUAGAAAUGUGAUGUAUAAAGCUGACACUUUUAUCCAUUUGGCAGAGAAGCAGUCCUACUUUAUGCAUGACAUUUCUACUUUCUGAUUGCUGUGAUAUAACUCCCUGUCACGCUAAGAAAAUGUCUAAUUGACAUCGGUGACUUCUGCAGUUUGGCAUGGUUCUACACCUUCCUUGAGACUUAAUGGGUAAGUCAAAGCACCUUCUUGGAGAUUUUAAAGGGGAGGUUAAUGCACCUUUUAUAUUAGAUGGAACCAGUGGUUCAUGCACCUUUUGAGAAAGGGUUUUGGGCAGUCAUAUGGAGAAUCAAUCCUAGGGUGGGUGCAUUUAGAGAGUAUUGGAACAUAGGGUAGAUCUGCGGAUGUGGGAUUCACUGAGAUGACUGUAAAUAUUGAGAAGACUGUUGAGCUGACUGACUCCUUAUAGCUUCUAGCAAUUUCCUUUGUAGGAUGUUUGUUAUUGUGGAAACGUGUGGAAGGGAUGAGAGGAACAUUUAAAAAAAAAAAAAAAAUAGCUUUUUGUCCUUUUUCUUUUUUUUUUUAUUAGUCUCUUUUUUGUUAAUGAGAUGAAUGCGUGUGAGCUCCCAGCAUGCAUUGGGCCAAUAGAUCAGAUUGUCCUGAGGUUGGUAGAGGAAAAUGUGGAUGAUUUUGAUGAUAUUGGUGGUUGUGGCACUGUGUUAGACUGGAGGGGUACGGUUGUGUAGGGAGAGAUGUCACAGCUACCUGCUCUGGCUGUCUCUUUCAGAAUGUAUUACAGGAAAAUAAUAUAACACUUUUAAAACCCUUUUUUUAAUCCUUUAAAAUAUCCUACAAACUUAAGGUGGUGAACCAACUUCUUGCUGAAGAAAAAACAGAAAAGGAAAAAAGAACUGUACGAUAGAGCACUGUAUAUUUUUUCAUUGUUUAAGAUAAUGAUAAUUAUGUGGUUUGUGUCUAUCAGUGGGGAUGAUGUGACAGACUAGGGUACUGUCACCCAUCUAUUGGAGGUAUUGAUUUUGUGGAGGUGGGUUGCAAGAGCUGUAGAGGUUUGAAUUCUAAACACUGUACCUGCUAUUAAACUUGUACACUUGAGUCUGAUUUCAGCCUCCUGGACAGACACUAAUAUGGAGGCGGUCAGAUCCUCUCAGCGCCACAUGCGGUUAACGUUAUAUUGCAGCCCAGUGAACUGCCUGGGCCACCACCAGAUUGCAGUAUUUCCCCCACAAAGCAUAUGUUAGUUGGCUAGUGAUCCAAGUUAAGUUUUGUGAUCGGGGAGAGCGACCUGUCUAGCUCUAGCCAUGUGUUCAGAGCAGAGUAAAGUUUGUAUGGGUGCAUGAGAGACAGGAGAGUUCAUGCUAAAUUCCCCCCUCAUAUCCUCCAGUUAACGUCCCUCUUUCCUGACAUGCACAGUUAUUGUGAUUAUUAUUACACAGACAAGAGGGUGAAAAAUGUUGGCAGGUUCCAGUGAGGCAUAGGCUUGGCAGGAAGGACCUGUUUUCACUAUAUACAUAUAUAAAUAUGAAUAUAUAUAUAUAUGUGUGUGUGUGUGUGUUUGUGUGUGUGUGUAUAUAUAUACUGUGUGUAUAUAUAUAUACUGUGUAUAUAUAUAUACUGUAUAUUAUACAUAGAGGCACUAAAGAAGUCUGUUAGUUGUGCACUCUCACAGCAUGAGGUAUAUACCCCUAAACCGCUUAUUGAAACCAGUGCAGUAGCCCCCCCCCCCCGUCCCCAGUGUGUCUGUCCCUGCACCCUGCCCUCUGUGACCCCCUGGCACCCAGUGCUCUACUGCUCAUUCUGUUCUCUAUGUUCCAAGUGCCAAUGACUUUGUGAAACCCCUUAACUGUGACCCAUUAUUAUUCAAGAUAAUUGCACAUUAACUACUGUAAAGAAAAAUCAUUAAGAAAAAUGUUGAUAUGGAUUUAAAAAAUGAGUAUCUUAAUAAAAGGUUUGUAACAAGUUGUGUGGCCUUCUGCCUUCAUCCCCUAAAUAUGUGUACAACUGAUUAGAUUUACUUGGGAAAUUUUGUUAAAACGUCAGAUAUUCUCUAUUAUGGCUUUUGUUUUUGCUCUGGGCACAGUGGGUUGCCCAAUGGGUUUCUCCCAAUUAAGUUCCCAGACAAGACAUGAAUCCCUUUUUUCUUAUCACAUUAGUUGAAAUACCGGUGCUAUUAUGGAAAGUAACAGAAUUAAAAUGCUUUUCUCUCCUGUGUAAUAUGGAGAAAUCACUCUCACCUUUUAAUGAGAAACCUGGUUUAACAUGGGAAUGUGUCAAAUUAACCAUGUCUACCAGAAUGGUAUCUUUUUUCCUUUCUUCUUGUAACCAAGUAAAAGAUGCAUUGCGAUCUGAAUACCCAUUUCAUCCAUACCCAUUCAGUCUUGUUUGAAACUCAUCUAAACUGGGGGUUCUAUAAAAUCUGUAUCGCUGAAGCCUUAUGCAGAUUGUGCAACCAUGUAGCUAAACCUCAUUGCUGAGUGCUGUCUUAAUCCCUAUAGAUUGAAUCCAGUUCUUGAUGUUUUACGGUCAUGUGUAUUUCUAAGAUUAACAUAUUUUAUAUCACAUGCCAACAGACACAGGGAGAACAUCAUUUACAGGUUGAAGUAAGCAGGGAAGACAGUUUCUAACCAGCUUUGGACAAAUGAUUUCAGUUUUAAAAGCAUUAAUAACUUCACAAAAUGAAUACUGGAAUGUACUUUAAUUUAAUCACAUUUUGGACUAUUUUUUUUCAGAUUUAUCCAGUCUCAGGCCUGAUUUAAAUGUGCCUGAAAAAGGUUGAGGCACGAUUUCAAUGUUUCAAUCCAAUUAUUCCUAAACCAAUUUGCAGAGCUUUGGUUAUUUUAACAGAACCACUGGGGAAAUAUGAGUUUUGUGCAAAUUGGUGGAAUCUUAUUCAAAAUGAUUCACAGCUGUUAUGAUUGCCAAAGGUGCUUCCACCAAGACGUAUGCAGCGAAUACUUCAUUUUUGUAUUUGUUAUUUUGGAAACAUGCUAUAAUUUCAUGUGCUUUAAAUAAUGGAGUGCUUUAAAACAAGUGCUAUAAUUUUACUCCACUUUAGAAAUAUGUAGCUCAAUGUGUCGAUCAAUAGGUAAAAAAUAGUGAUUUCAUCCUUUUUAGAUUUAACUUAUUGCCGCAAAUAUAGGAAGUAUGUAUUAGGACAAUGACGUUUAUUAUGGGCUCUAUUCCAGCACAUUUGAUUUGGAAUUACAGUGCAGACAGUAAGCUACAAUUAAAUUGAACAUAGUAAAUUCUGAAGCCUGAUUAAGAAUUGUAUAAGAAACUGAGAAUUUAUAUUUUUUAUAUUGACAAGUAACAAAGUGUGCAUGGUGCAUAUGAACACUGAAAAUGUAUAAUAAUUAGUUGUUGUUAUACUGUAAAUUUGUCUCAGUUAAGAGUUUAAAUACAAACUUGAUAGUAUUAUGAACACUGAAAUUUAGGGAUACACCGAUUACAAUAUUCUGGGCCGAUAUUUGUGUAUAACACAAUCGACCCAUGUGGAUGCCAAUGUUUGUUUUUAUUUCUGUACCUGUGUACCUUGGCAUAAAUAAAAUGAAAAUGUUGCUUCUGA